CUCUAUCCCUUGUCAAGGCUUGGUGGAGUUUUUUGCAAGUACGGUAUUUAUUCUUAGUCCUAGAUAGUCUGCUUAUCCCCAUUCAAGAUCGUGCAUCAGCAAGCAAUGUUAGCUGCUCCUUCUCUGCUUCGAUCUGCGGUUCGCACGACGGUAUCUCGCCGGGGGAUCGCCUGGUACCACUCAUCCGCCGCACUGUUUGUCGACGACGACAAUAAGUCCCAGAGCAGCCCGAACGUCAAAACAUACUGGGCCGAUCCUCAGCUCCGCCAGUACAAAUUUUGGAAUCGCUAUGAUAAAACCAAUCAAGGAAAGUAUCAGUACUUGAUCGACUUUUCUCCCGAAUCGAUUCAAAAGGAAGCUAAGAUACUGUCGCUUUCGGAUCCCGACGACGCGGCCAACCAGCCCUUACACAAUGGUUCCUUGCCGAUGGGUGCGUCUCUCAUGGGGAUUGGUACCACCUUGGCCGAUUUUGAGCCUUACCGGGAUGCCAAACCCAAUGUACUGUUUGUCAGUCCCAGUUGUCCCCGGGCUCCCGCCGUCUUGCCCCUCGUACUCGCUGCCUUUCCCUCCAUUGAAUGGAUCCAUUGUCGCUCGGCAGGCAUAGAUUUCAUCGAAAGUGACGAAUUUACCGAACUCGCCACAAGUAUGAGUAUUCCAGUCACCAAUGCCAAAGGACAAUUCAGUAGUUCCUUGGCGGAAUACGCUCUCAUGGCCUGCUCGUACUUUGCCAAGGACUUGCCGAGACUCAUGCGCAACCAGAAAAACCGCAAUUGGGAGAAGUACGACGUCGAGGAACUUCGUGGUAAAACGCUCGGUGUGGUCGGCUACGGAGACAUUGGACGUGCCUGCGCAAAGCUCGCCACCGUGUACGGAAUGCGUAUUAUUGCGCUCCGUCGUCAUCCCUUCCUGUCCAAAGACGAUCCCUAUUGUGACGUUGUUUACGGCCGCGACAAGGCCAGUCUCAAUCGUCUCAUGAGUGAAUCCGAUUACAUCAUUUGCUCGGCGCCGUCGACGGUCGAAACGCGCGGAAUGGUCAAUGCAGAUGCCUUCAAUGCAGUCAAAAAGAACGCGGUAUUUAUCAAUUUGGGACGUGGACCCGUCGUGGAUGAACAAGCUUUGAUUGAAGCCCUCCAAACGGGAAAACUCCGAGGCGCCGCUCUGGAUGUCUUUACCGAAGAGCCAUUGCCGAGUUCGUCCACCAUGUGGGACCUGCCGAACGUACUGAUUAGUCCACACAAUAUGGAUCAAACAUCAACCUUUAUGCACGAGGCGACCGAAUUCUUUUUACACGAAAAUUUGCCGCGGUUCAUGGUCGGUGAAGAUUUGUUGAACCCCGUAGACCCCACGCUGGGGUAUUAA